AUGGUUCCAAAUGAAGCCUGUCAGUAUAUUGGUAUUAUUGGGUUACUUAAGCAAUUUGGAUGGACCUGGGUUGGGCUCCUUGCUGUGGAUGACGAUGCUGGGGACCAUUUCUUGCAGUGCCUGGAGCCAUUGCUUUCUCAGAAUAAAAUCUGUUCAGCUUUCACACAUAGGAUCCCAAAACAAGGACUUUCACUUUUGUUCCGUGAUCUCAAUUAUAUGGCCUCAAAUAUUUAUCAAUCUUUAACGGAUAGAAAAGCCAGAACAUGCCUUAUCUAUGGUGAAAGUAUUACUCUUCUAUUGUUGAAUGGCUUUUGGACUGUAGCAGAUCCUGACUACAUGGAAAACCCAUCUUUUGGAAAGGUGUGGAUUAUGACAGAACAUAUUGAAUUUUCAGUGAGAAGCAUUAUGUUUCGUAGGAAUUUUCAAAUAUUCCAUGGGAGUAUUUCCCUUGCAAUUCACUCAAAUAUCCAUCUAGGAUUCCAGACAUAUCUUCAGAACCUAAAACCUAAUUCCACACUGGGAGACGGCUUUCGUCAGGGAUUCUGGGAACAUGCCUUUGAUUGUUCAUUUCUAAAUCCCACUGUGCCAACAAAUGUUGAUGUAACAUGUACUGGGGAGGAAAAACUGGAGUCCCUUCCUGGGCUGAUUUUUGAAAUGGACAUGACUGGCCACAGCUACAGUAUCUAUAAUGCUGUCUAUGCCAUGGUGCAUGCUUUGCAUGCAAUGGAAUCAUCUAUGUCCAAACAGAGAGCAAGGGUGCAAGGUGAAACCCAUGGAGUUCUCCAACCCUGGCAGGUCCACCCAUUUCUUCAAGGCAUUUCCUUUAAUAACUCUGCUGGAGAAACGGUGUCUUUUAAUGAUAACUGGGAACUGGUGGCAGGAAUUGAUAUAAUGAAUGUGCUCAUAUUGCCAAACAGCUCCUUCCUUAGAGUGAAAGUAGGAAGGGUGGAUCCCAGCGCUCUUGAAGGAGAACAAAUUAUCAUCAAUGAGGAUCUAAUUGUGUGGCACCAAAGUUUUAACCAGGUUCUUCCGCAUUCUGUGUGUAGUGACUCCUGUGAGCCUGGUUAUCUGAAGAAAAAGCAGGAGUGGAAGAAAUUCUGCUGUUAUGAUUGUGAUCCGUGUGCAGAAGGGAUGAUUUCUACUCAAAAGGAUAUGGAUGACUGUUCCCAAUGCCCAGAAGAUCAAUAUCCAACCAAGAAUCAAGAUAGAUGCAUCCCCAAAGUCAUCACCUUUCUGUCUUAUGAAGAACCUCUAGGGAUAAGUUUAGCCUCAGUUGCUGUUUCAUUUUCCCUGAUCACUGUACUGGUGCUUGGAACUUUUAUUAAGCACAAAGAUACCCCCAUUGUCAAGGCCAACAACCGAGACAUCACCUAUAUUCUCCUCAUCUCCCUCCUACUCUGCUUCCUCUGCUCUUUGUUGUUUCUUGGACCACCUGGGACGAUGACCUGCUUUCUCAGGCAUUCUGCUUUCGCCAUAAUCUUCUCAGUAGCUGUGUCUUCCGUAUUGGCCAAAACCAUCACUGUGGUUCUUGCUUUCAUGGCCACCGAACCAGGGUCCAGCAUGAGGAAGUGGGUGGGGAAAAAGCUAACCAAUUCCAUUGUCCUUUUCUGCUCACUCAUUCAAGCAUGCAUUUGUGCAGUGUGGUUGGGAACUUCUCCCCCAUUCCCUGAUUUUGACAUGUGGUCACUAACUAAACAGAUCAUAGUGAAAUGCAAUGAAGGCUCUGAUGUCAUGUUUUCUCUGGUCCUGGGCUACUUAGGACUUCUGUCCAUCAUCAGCUUCACGGUGGCUUUUCUUGCCAGGAAGUUGCCAGACAGCUUUAAUGAAGCCAAGUUCAUCACCUUCAGUAUGCUAAUGUUUUGCAGUGUCUGGUUGUCUUUUGUUCCCACCUACCUGAGCACCAAAGGGAAAUACAUGGUAGCUGUGGAGAUCUUGUCUAUCUUAGUCUCGAGUGCUGGGCUACUGGGUUGCAUCUUUCUCCCCAAAUGCUACAUUAUUGUGCUGAAGCCUGGUCUGAACAACAAGGAGGAACUAAGAAGGAGGAAAAAAUAG